AUGGAGGUUCUAGAAUAUCAUGAUCAGUCUGAAUUGCAUGAUAAUAAGCCUGAACCAGAGAAAGAGUCUGAGGUGGUGCCUACCAAGGAGCCUGAAAUAGUGGAACAGGAACAAGAAGAAGUCAAAGAUCCACCCAUAGCAGCAGUCGAGAAAAAGCCCCGAUCCAAGCGGCUUACCCUCCAAGAAAGGUUAGCUUUGGCUGCUAAAUCCGGUGGCAAAAAGAAGGAAAAUUCGGAAGAUUCCCCAAGGGCCAGCGUGGACUCUGUGAGACCCGUGGUUGAUGAGCCUGAAAAGGAGGUCACCCCACCGGUUUCUGAGGAGGCCGAGGAACCAAGCAUUCCUGAAAAUUUCACAGAGCUGGAAAAAGAUGACUUAAUUGUGUUGGUAAGGAAACUAGAUGACUUGAACAAACAGACAAAGCUCAACUCUGAAUCGAAGUUGGCUGCUCUCAACACUCAGGUGUCGACCUUGAACUCCACCGUUUCAGCUCUCUCAGCCACCAACGAAAGACUGAAGGAUAGGCUGAAUACAAACGCCAAAUCCCAGGACAAUAGUGUAUUGUCAAAGAAACUCGAGGAAAAGGAACUUCAGAUAAAAGAACUUUUGGAGGAAGGGGCCAAACUCUCCUCGAAAGAGGUUUCUUUGACACAGACAAUAAAGAAGCUAAAGAUCAAGGAAAUCGAAAAUGAGGAGGAGAUAGACAGGUUAAAGGAGGAGGCCGGGGAGCUGAUCGAUAAAGCCAACAAUUUACAAAGUCAGAUGGAUGCUGUCAGAGAGUCCGAAAAGUCCAUAAAAGAGGAACGGCUGAACUUCGAAAUUCUUCAAGGCAAAUUUGACAAGCUCACCAAGGAAAGAACUAACAUCUACAACGAGUUGAAAGAGCUGAAACACAAGCGUCUGGAUGUACAGUUAUCGAAUACCAAGAAGGCUCUCGAAGAAGAGACGAAAAAGAGCUCCGAGUUGCAAGCCAAGUUGGAACAGCUAAGCCUACAAUUCGAGAUGUUCAAGGAACAAUCGAAAGUGGAGAUCUCCCAAAAGGAGUAUAAAUUAGAGAAAGAAAAGCAAAGGUACAACGAAUUGAGGGAUGAAAAUUAUAAUGAGAUCAAGAGAUUGGAACAGAAGAUGGAGCAGCUUCGGAUCCAAAGCGAAAACAAGCUUGUGAAUGGUACAUCUUCCUCGGAUGGAUCUCAGGAGAUUGACAAAAAGCUGCUGUCAACCAAUGAGAUAUUGCAAGUUCAAUACACUCAAGCGUUGGAGAACUGGAAGCUUAUUGAAAGUUCUUACCAGAACAAGAUUUCUCAGUUUGAGAACGAUAUCAACUUGUUGAAGCAAAAGGAUAUGAAUUACUCAAGAAAGAUAAAGACCAUGACUAGUGAUUUGAGGGCUAAGUCGGAAGAUAUUGAUGAAUUGAUCGACAUCGAGUCCAGUCUGAGAAAUGAGAUUACAAAACUGACUGAGAAGAUCACUUCGAAAGAAGACGAGAUCGUACAAUUACGCCAAAAUUACGAGCUAAUAUCAAAACAACUGGAGGAAGAGAAAGCGAAACUUGAAGAAGAGAAGGCGAAGAAACCAGAAGUCGUUGCUGCUCCCGUUCAACCUCAAUCACUGUAUCUGCAUGAUCUCUCCUCGUCCAAUCUGUUCAAAAGCCAGAGAUCGGUGUCUGCGAUCUCGUCUAUCAAUCAUAGCUGGGAUAUUGCCCUAGGCGAGAGCUCAACCACUCCAAGAUCGACAUUGCCCAACAGUCGAAAGGUGUCCAAUACAUCUCUGUAUUUCUCUCCUUCCUUACAGACCCCUACGUAUAACAGAUAUGAGUUCGUUGAGCAGGAGGACGACUUUGACGUCUCUUCGCCUAUAUCUACAUACAAGCCAAAGGAUGAUGAUUUGGGAAGCAGCUCGAACAACCUAACGGUCCAUGGCUCAAAUGGUGGGGCCAACAUACAAAUCAUGGGUAAGCUAUCCUCGCAGAUCAGACGUCUGGAAAUUGAGAUGAUCACUUUGAAGGAUGAGGUCAACACGUUGACACGCGAGAAGGCAGAUGCCACGACAGAGAUUCUGCGACUUAUGAAACAGAACGAAGAACUAGCUAGCCUGAAGGAAUCCAACCUGGAGCUGGAGAAAGAUCUGCAGGAUCUCAGCCACAAUUACGAGACUACCCUGGUACUGCUGGGUGAAAAAUCUGAGCAGGUUGAGGAAUUGAAAGCAGAUGUCCAAGAUCUCAAGGACUUAUGUCGCGAACAAGUUCAGCAGUUAGUUUCUAUGAAAUAG